AUGGAUCAUGAUACGGAGAACGAAGGGAAGACUGAUUUUAUUGAUUUGGAAAAACAUUGGAGUACUAUUCUCGAAAAAGGAAUAGAUCAGUUGACUGAUGCCCAAAUAACUGGUUUGAAAUUCAGUUCCCUAGAUGAUGGUGGAGAGUUUUAUAACACAUAUGCAAAGUUGGUUGGGUUUAGUAUUCGUAAAGAUGAGAUAAAGCGUAAUAAAGAUAACAUUGUGACUUCUAGAAGAUGGGUUUGUGCAAAGGAAGGGUUGCGAAUUAGGAAAAAUGAGUCCAAUGUAAAUUGCAUGCGUGAGAGACCAAUAACAAGAAGUGGUUGCAAGGCAGCUUUUCGUAUUAGGUUUGAACGAAAGUUAGGUGAAUGGGUGGUAGGAGAGUUUAAAAGGGAGCAUAAUCACGACUUAGUUCCACAAUUUGAGACUCAAUUUCUCCGUUCACAUAGGACUAUUAAGGAUUCUGAUAAGGCUCAGAUUAUAGCAUUGCAUAAUGUUGGGGUCAAAUCAAAUCAAAUCAUGGAUCAUAUGAUCCAACAAGCUGGAGGAUACGAGAAUAUAGGGUUCACUUCAAAAGAUCUCUACAAUUAUGUAGCGGCAAUUCGCAACAACAAUACGCGAGAUGGUGAUGCUGAAUGUGCUUUGGGAUAUUUACAAGCAAAAGUAGACAUGGACUCCUCAUUUUUUUUUAAAUACACUGUUGAUGAAGAAAGCCGUUUGGCUAAUCUGUUUUGGACAGAUUCUCAAAGUCGUUUAGAUUAUGCAUGUUUUGGAGAUGUAGUCGCGUUUGAUACAACAUAUAAGACAAAUGUAUACAAAAAACCCCUUGUUAUAUUGGUAGGAGUCAACCACCAUCGGCAAACUAUAGUAUUUGGUUUUGGAUUAUUGGUUGAUGAGACCGUUGAAACAUAUACUUGGGUGUUGCAAAAUAUGCUUGUAGCAAUGAACAAUAAGACCCCUAUUUCAGUUGUGACAGAUGGGGACAAAGCAAUGAGUAGAGCUAUUAAAACAGUUUUUCCAAAGUCUCGACAUCGUUUAUGUGUGUGGCAUCUUGAAAGGAAUGCUUUUGCAAAUCUACAUGAUAAAGUAUAUGAAAGUUUUAUUAGGUGUAUGGUACGAUAUGUUACACCAGAUGAAUUUGAAGACAUGUGGAAGAAAAUGGUUGACAAUCACAAUUUACAUAACCAUGAAUGGUUGCAUGAAAUGUAUGCUAAAAAAAUGAAAUGGGCUGAAGCUUACAUGAGAGGUCAUUUUUUUUCUGGCUGCAGGAGUACACAAUGUUGUGAAGCCAUGAAUGCAUUCUUGAAUAGAUUUUUGGAUAGGAAGACUAGGCUUUAUGAGUUAUUCCAGCAAGUUGAUAGAGCACUUUCACGUAUUAGACACAAUGAGAUGGGGGCAGAUUUUUCUUCAAAUUAUACUGAACCUAUUCUGAUUACUGGGUUAGCUGAAAUAGAGAAACAUGCUGCUACUAUAUUCACAAGGGAGAUAUUCAGCAUGGUUCAAGAAGAAUUAUUGAAUGAACAAAAAUUCAUUGUGCUUUACUACAUAGAUAAGGAAGGUUAUCAUACGUACACGUUAUCUCAGUAUGCAUCCCCUGACUCAAGAUGGGAGGUUGUGUAUUGUCAAGCUGAUCAAUCUAUGAAGUGCUCUUGUUUGCUAUUUGAGUCAUAUGGAUAUCCUUGUGGGCACCUAUUUGCUAUUAUGAAGGUUGAACAUUUGAAACAGAUUCCACCGACAUGUAUAAUGAACAGAUGGCUGAAAACAGCAAAGUCCGACUUGCCUUACAAACUUGAAUCCCAAAUGUCUCCUGAUAUCAUACGUAUGGCACAGUUUAGUGCAUUGUCUGCUAGUUGUAGUCAGAUGUGUUACUUUGGUUCAAGAACAACACAAGGCUUCGAAGAAUUGAAGGUUGAAAUAGCAAGCCAUUGUCAAGACUAA